AUGGAAAAUAGGAUCUUCAUUUUCACCUGGCAAGACGACGAAAGAAAAGGGAAGACGCUAGUAGCUGAAGUUCACAAGUGGGCAAGUCAGCUGCACGAUGAAUUCUGGGUUUUUAAUGGAGUAAAAGGAGGUUGGAGGAAAGAUAAAGCAUUUUUCAAAGCAGUACAAAGCGCAAAAGCAGAAGACUUGAUCUUAUCCGACUCUAUUCUGAAAGAUCUUCGUCGCGACACAGUCGCCUUCUUUAAGUGUCAAUCGCUGUACGAAUCUUUAGCAGUGCCAUGGAAACGCGGAAUACUGCUGCUAGGUCCACCGGGAAACGGCAAGACUGGGUCAAUCAAAAUCUUAGCCAAAACAUGUGCCGAGAUAGGCAUCCCCACGCUUUACGUACAGACCGCAAAGACACGUGCUGGCCCAGAGUAUGGCUUGACCGCUAUAUUUCAGAAAGCGAGAAGCGAAGCCCCUUGUAUGUUGGUCUUGGAAGACAUCGAAACCCUUGCGACAGAUGAGACGCGAACAAAGCUUUUGAAUCAGUUGGAUGGAAUUGAAUCGAACGACGGUGUAUUGGUUGUAGCGACCGCGAACGAUGUUAGUAAGCUAGAUGCAGCUAUCCUGCAGCGUCCUUCCCGCUUUGACACCAAAUACACAUUUGAUCUCCCCAAUCAAAAUCUUCGCAAAGAAUUUUUCUCACACUGGUUGAAGAACAAGAUAGGGUUCGCGCAGAUCCGCGUCAAUGAAGAAGACUUCUAA